AAUAAUGAUCUUACUCGAGAUCAAUAAUAGAAUUAUAGAAGAUACUUUAACAGUUAAAUAUAAAAAUGCACUGGCGCGCUUAAAGCCAGAGUCAAUAGAUGUGAAAGUUGCAGAUUUUGAUGGAGUACUCUUUCAUAUAUCUAAUGUGAAUGGAGAUAAAACCAAAGUUAGGGUUAGUAUAUCAUUGAAGUUCUACAAGCAGUUAGAAGAACAUGGAGCAGAUGAGCUUCUCAAAAGAGUAUAUGGACCACUCCUCACUGAGGCAGAGUCAGGUUACAACAUCUCCUUGUUACUCGACUUGGAGAACAUUCCCGACGAUUGGGAGGAUGUCGUAAAGAAGGUCGGUCUCUUGAAGAGGAACUGCUUCGCGUCAGUUUUCGAACGUUAUUUCCGGCUGCAGGAAGAUGGCGAUGUCAGCCAUAAACGCGCCGUUAUCAACUACCGACAGGACGAGACGUUAUACGUGGAAGCGCAAGAAGACCGCGUGACGGUGGUAUUCUCUACGGUGUUCCGACACGAGGAUGACAUGGUUAUCGGCAAGGUGUUCAUGCAGGAGCUCAAGGAGGGCCGGAGAGCAUCGCACACCGCGCCACAAGUAUUGUUUUCACAUAAGGAACCGCCCCUAGAACUAAUGGAUACGGACGCAAGAGUAGGCGAUAAUAUCAGUUAUGUUACGUUUGUAUUAUUCCCGCGGCACACGUGUUCGGCGGCCCGCGACAACACCAUCGACCUGCUGCACAUGUUCCGCGACUACCUGCACUACCACAUCAAGUGCUCCAAGGUGUACGUGCACUCACGCAUGCGCGCUAAGGCCGGCGACCUGCUCAAAGUGCUCAACCGCGCGCGCCCCCAGAACACCUCGCGCCCCACCGAGCGCAAAACUAUCACGGGAAGAACAUUUGUGAGGCGAGACUGAGUGUUGCGCGCCGGCGGGACGUAGGCGCCGACCACAGCUCAGCUGUCACUAGUUACGUUCUCCAGCUAACGCCGCCACUCCGGUAACAUCUCCCUGCAGGACACUACCACACGGGAGAACUAUCCACUUCAAACAAAUCGCCCAUAUUCAUCCGCGAAUCAAACAUUGUAAGUCACGUCUUUAUCAACCAGAGAUAUUAUUCGAGUGGACGCGUUACCCACGAAGAAACUCCGACAAUGUGCGUAUUUCAUAUUAUCCAAGUUAAAAUGGAAUGACAUAUAAGAUAGUUAUUUAUUAAACACAUUGUUUGUUUCAUUCAAACGUCACAAAGUACUUAUUCUUAAAAUUAUCUUGAUGCCAUUUCUAAAACAAAAUUGCCAAAUAAACACAGUUGUGCUCAAUGUCUUGUGUACUGCCCAUCGACGUUUUAUUAACAAAAGAAAUGUGCACAUUGUAUUUAUCAUAAAUAUUUAUUGUCAACUCUUCAAGCAUAGCGUUAAAGUCAAUAAAUAAUGUUGCCGUAGUUCUUGUUGAUAACAAAAUUAUGCUUUAUUAUUACGAGAGUUCUAUUUAUAGCGGUGGCACUGCGACAUCCAAUACUUGGGUUCCUAAAAUGUUAGCAUACACCCUCAUUACAUUGUUACGCGUUAGAUAAACGUAGUGUCCAUCGAGAGCAAUCUUGUCUUGUAGCUUACGUAAUUUUGUUGUAAGUUAUGACAUUACCAAUCCUCAUGUAGGGUAAAGUGUAUUAUAAAAUCUAGCCUAUACUUACCGUUUCGGUUGACAAACUUGUAAAAAUGUAUAUCACUGAAAUAUCGAGACAGGUAUCAUGCACAAAACUCGUACGAAUUAUAUUCAAUUAAUAAUUUUUACGCCACUCCUAUGUUUAGUUUAAUAAUGCUACGCAAUAUAUACGAA